AUGAACGGUGAUUCAGGCAUCCAGUUUGUGGCGGCGCGGCCAAGAAAGCGUCCUCAUCAUCAUAUGUCUGAACCAUCACGAAGCCAGCAUCAGUCUCGCUGGCGCUCAGACGCUGAACCAUCCUCGUCCCAAGGCCACAAUUCUCCGCAUAGCCGCCCACCGUUGCCACCGAUGAGAUAUCCUGGAGAUGGAUAUGAUUUCCGUCGCCCGAUAAUGUCUGACUCUCCUCUAACAGAGGAUGUAAUAGAUUUGACGAAUGAGCCAGAUAGUCCGGAAGACCAGAGAAGACCGCAAAAUGGCAACUCGCGAACAACACCACGACUACCACGAUUUGGAAGAGACAUAAUGGCCGAAGUGGUCGAUCUUGAAGAACCAGAAGAUAUAAUUCGAGUAGAUUCCCCAAGCAGCCCGGAAGUGCAGUUUGUCGGAGCUACCGUUCGCCAGCCAGAGUCAGUGCCGGCACCUCCGCCUAGAAAUCGGGGCUUCAUAGGGGCGAAUCUCUGGGAUUUAAUACGAUUGCAACGUGAAAUGGCACCGCGUCAUCUCAUGUCAAGAGAGGAAAGCUUCAGACAAGAAAUCGCAUGGAGAGCACGAGAGCUUCAACGUCAACGUGUUCCGCCCGAUGAGGUGGAUAUGUUUUUGCUUGGUGCUGCGGAGGAAGCUAUCGAUCUUGAGGAUGCCAUGGAUCUCGCGAUAGUCGGGGAUAGGUCAUUGAGAGUUGAGUAUCCUACUUCUGGGUUGACUUCAGAUAGAGGCUCCCGUCAGAGCUCGUACAAAGCGCCAAGUCCUCCCUCCGAAGGAUUUACGAGAAGCGCUGGGGAGGACGAUCUGGUCGUGUGCCCAAAUUGUGAUGAGGAGCUCGGAACAGGGGAUGAGACAAAGCAACAGAUAUGGGUAUCGAAACCUUGUGGACAUGUUCGUGCCAGCUUCCUACCAUAUGUCGGGACCUAG